UCGUCCAGCACUGGACUCCUCUCUCCUCUCCUCAGCUCCGUCUCUCUGGGUGAAACCUCUUCUGCUAGAAUGAGGACUCUGUCUGCUCUGCUGAUGGUGCUGCUGCUCUGCUCUGUCCAGCAGGUCUACAGUGGAACUGGAGCCACUGACUUCAUGAAAGACUGCUGUCCUAAGCUGACUAAGUUGCGGAUCCUUCCCUUGGCGCGCAUUGAAUCCUACAGCCUGACCAGCAGCAGCUGCCCCAUAAAAGCUGUUGUAUUUCAGAUGGUUACUGGAAAGAGAUUCUGUGCGGAUCCUUCCUGGGAUUGGGUCCAAAGUCACAUGAAAAAACUGCCUGAGAAAAAACCAUCUACAACAUCAAAACCCAAAACAUCCUCCAAACCCUGAAGCUGAUCAUGUGAAGGCUGUAGAACUUUAUAUACAGUAGAUUUAUGCAGUGUUUGCACAGUAAUACAGUAAAUCUGUAAAUAUAUAUAUGCAUUUUACAUAUGUACAUAACU